ACCAACUUCCUUUCCUUUUCUCCCAAAAUUUCAAAAAAAAAUCCCCCAAAUAAAGAAAAAAAUUAAAUAAAUUCUCAAGAAAAAAACUAUAAAUAAAUCAGCAGAGAACAAAUUCUCUCUCAUCCGCCAUUAGAAUCCAAGCAAGCUGCUGACCUAGCAUCCAAUUUCGGACUGGAAGAAACUGAGGAUAGGAAUAGGAUCCAUGGAGGGAAGUGGCGCAGGAAAAGGUGGGGCGGAGGUGGCCGAAGUGAGUGGGGGUGGAGAAAUCCCCAACUGCUGCAAGAAAGCCAUGGCUUCGGUGCCCGAAUCAGAGGCCAAGUUGCAUGCCACGGUCGUCUCCGGCUGGCUUUCGGAGACUCCUUUGUCGACAGUUAAGUCACCCAAGACUUUGUACUACAACAAUCCGAUGUGGCCAGGGGAGGCUCAUUCAUUGAAAGUGGAAGAGAUUCUAUUUCAAGGGAAGUCAGACUACCAGGAGAUACUGGUUUUUGAGUCAUCAACUUAUGGAAAAGUGCUUGCACUUGACGGCAUUGUUCAGCUGACUGAAAAAGAUGAAUGUGCUUACCAAGAGAUGAUUACCCAUCUUCCUCUCUGUUCAAUUUCAUCCCCCAAAACUGUUCUGGUCAUAGGAGGUGGUGAUGGUGGAGUUCUUCGAGAAAUAUCUCGACACAAUUCUGUGGAGCAAAUAGAUAUAUGUGAAAUAGACAAGUUGGUCAUAGAUGUCUGUAAAAAAUUCUUCCCUGAGUUGUCCAUUGGAUUUGAGGAUCCUAGAGUUCAACUUCAUGUUGGUGAUGCGGUGGAGUUUCUUAGGAAUGCUCAGGAAGGGAUGUAUGAUGCAGUUAUAGUUGAUUCAUCUGACCCAAUAGGACCAGCUCAGGAGCUUGUCGAAAAGCCAUUUUUUGAAACAAUUGCAAGGGUGCUGCGGCCUGGUGGUGUGCUGUGUAAUCAAGCAGAAAGUAUGUGGCUUCAUACACACCUUAUUCAUGAUAUGCUCUCCACUUGUCGUGAAGUUUUUAAGGGCUCUGUGCACUAUGCCUGGACAAGUGUCCCUACAUAUCCCAGCGGCGUGAUUGGAUUUUUGUUGUGUUCUACGGACAGUCCACAUGUCGAUUUCUUGAACCCAGUAAACCCAAUUGAGAAGCAGAAGGAAACAGUGAAUUCUAGAAGGGAACUUAAAUUUUAUAAUUCAGAGAUGCAUAAGGCUGCAUUUGUGUUGCCGACAUUCUUAAAGCGAGAGCUCAACAUCCUUAGCAAGUUCCCAGUCAAGUUGGGUAAUUGCAGGGACAGCUGAAGCCAUCUGAGGAUACAGAGAAGAUGAACGGAGAGGCAGAAAGUUGAUACUUGUAGCCGCAUGACACGAGUCUUCAAUAUUAUUUUCAUAUCAACUUGAAAUCGUGAAGUGAGAAAGGACCUAGCUAAUACAUGUUCUGAUGAUUUGUAUUUUACAAGACUACAAUUUGUAGUAUCGUGCGAGAUUAUAGCUACCCUCCUUUGUGCUCAAUUGAAGUGAUUCCAUAACUUAUCAUAAACUUACUAUAAGCGGUACUGUCGUGCCCAUAGGAUAAGGUUUUUUUUUUCUUC